AUGUUUGGGAAACAAGACAAAAUGGACGUUAGAUGCAGCACAGAGACUGAAGCCAAUCGGGUCUCGAAGAACGGACACAAGGAGGGCAAGGACAGCAAAGGGGCUGAAGGAAAUAUCUCUACUUCUUUUCUGAAGGAGCAACAAGGGACUUUUUCUGCCUCCGCAGCUACCGAAGACUGUAACAAAAGUAAAUCUGGUUCGGCGGACCCGGACUACUGCAGGAGGAUCCUGGUCAGAGAUGCCAAAGGUUCCAUCCGAGAGAUCAUCCUGCCCAAAGGCCUCGAUUUGGACCGUCCCAAGCGGACCCGCACCUCCUUCACGGCCGAGCAGCUCUACCGCCUGGAGAUGGAGUUCCAGCGGUGCCAGUACGUGGUGGGGCGGGAGCGCACCGAGCUGGCGCGGCAGCUCAACCUCUCCGAGACUCAGGUAAAGGUGUGGUUCCAGAACCGACGCACCAAGCAGAAAAAGGACCAGGGCAAAGACUCGGAGCUGCGUUCGGUGGUAUCCGAGACCGCCGCCACCUGCAGCGUCCUGCGGCUGCUGGAGCAGGGCCGCCUGCUCUCCCCGCCUGGGCUGCCCGGCCUCCUGCCGCCCUGUGCCAGCGGAGCGCUGGGCUCGGCGCUGCGGGGCCCCGGCCUGGCUGCGGGCAGCGGCACGGCGGCGGCGGCGGCGGCGGCGGCGGCUCCGGCCGGGGGAUCCCCGCACCCCCCGAGCGCCGGCACCGCGGCGGGGCCGCCCCCUCCGGCAGCGCUGCACGGAGCGGCCGCCGCCGCCGCCGGGCACGGGCUCUUCGGGCUGCCGGUGCCCACGCUGCUGGGCUCGGUGGCGGGGCGGCUCUCCUCCGCGCCGCUGGCCGUGGCGGGCUCGCUGGCGGGCAACUUGCAGGAACUGUCGGCCCGCUACCUGAGCUCGUCCGCCUUCGAGCCCUACUCCCGGACCAACAAUAAAGAAAGCGCUGAGAAAAAAGCACUGGACUGA